AUGGAUUUUCUUAAAUUAGUAGAUAUUUUAGCAUAUCUGGAAAGGGACGAAAAAUCCAGGAGCAUCACUGAAGGUGAAAAAAUAAUUAAUUCAAACCACAUUCUAACGUGUGGUGUUGUAAAGCAGCCAUUACCGCGGAAAAGAAUCAUUUAUGCGGUUUGCCUUCGUUCUACGAAGUUAAAUUCUUCUCCGUAUGUAAUUGAAGGUGCUUUAUUUCAAAGAAUGUCUGGAAAUGGAUACGGCAUAUCCCAAUUUAAUUGCAGUUGUCCUGCUGGUGCUGUCUGCAAGCAUGUGGCUGCAGUGUUGUUGCAUGCAGUUUCUUCGUUAGAGGAAAUAUCUUCUACUGAUAAGUCUUAUUAUUGGGAUAAGCAGAAAUCCUCUCUAAAAAAAUAUGACAUUGUGCCUUUGCAAGACUUCUGUUGUGGUUCGCAGAAAAAAGAUUAUGCCGUCUCUCUCAGUGAGGAUGUUCUUGGCUCUUAUGAGUCAAAGAUUUUGGAAGCCUGUCCAAAUUCAGCUCUCGCAAGCCUAUUGUGUAAUUACAAUGAAUUAUUUUUGUCAUGUCUUUUGCUUUGUUUUAGGAAUGUAGCCGAGAAGGAAAAUUUGGAAGAAUCUGCUGUCCUGGAAAAAGUUUUUUCUACCAGUUUAGCUAUCAUCAACAUUCCGAAUUUGGAUGAUGUGACAGCCAAAUUUUUCCAGGAAAAGGUAUGCCUCACAAAACAAGAAGUUCGGAACCUAGCCUUGCAGAAGCAAGGGUCUAAUAGUUGGAUUUGUGAGCGUAAGAAAAGAAUAACUGGGUCAACUUGCUACUCCCUUUUUACCUAUAGCAGAAAUAAAAAUCCUGACUGGAAGAAGAAAAUUGCCUCUGCAACAGAAGAUGUUUUUUCUGGGAAUGCUUAUACUUUCCAUGGACAGGAAAUGGAAGAGAGAGCGAGGAACAUCUUUUCCUGUGAUCAAAAUGUACAAGUCUUCUGCUUUGGAUUGAUAGUGCUUGAGCAGAUGCCAUGGUUUGGUUAUAGUCCUGAUGGACUUUAUUUUGAAGACGGAAAUUUAAUUUUAUUGGAAAUUAAAUGUCCGUUCAAGAUGAGACUGUAACAACGGCAAUAGUCUCCUUAUCAUAUCUUUAUGUUGAUGCUAAGACUGGUCAAUAUUCUCUAAAGCCUAGGCAUACUUAUUAUGGCCAGGUCCAGCUGGGAUUGUAUUUGACUGGAGCAGUUAAA